AUGUCAGCAUCCCUACAUCACAAUAGCAGAGCCCAAAUACAAGCCUGCCUUGGAUUCUAUGGAGAUCAGUUCCACGACGAGAAGUUACCAGUGGAUCAGCUCGAUCUCAAAUACUGUGCAUGCGUACAUUACCAUUCAAUUGACAGUCUGGAAUUCCCGGAUUUUGCUUGGGCCAUACCCAAGGAACUUCACUCCCCAUCUGAUCUUGUCCCCACAUUAUUUGCCAUCCGCACUGUUGAGAAAGCCACAGUGUGUUCUGACUGGCUGAUCCGAGAGCUGGAGCAGGUUGCACCAGAUGGUUAUCCAGCAAGGGAUUUGGUAUGGCCUUUCCAUGCUGAGCUAUACAAAGAGGAUCAUAGUGCUACCCAUGCUGGCUUGAUGUCAGAGAUGACACAAUGGGCUGGGCGGGCAAGUCGGGAUGGGAGUGGUGGAAAUUUCAUUGUUUAUGCACCAAAAGAAAUGAUAUUCACACACGAGAUGGUGGAGGAUUCGAAGGAAGCGAAGAAGGGUGAGGUUGCAGCAUGCAAACAUUAUCAGUCAAAGGCAGCUCCAGGUUUAGUGAAGUUCUUCAACCCACCCGGAACCCAAUGCCAGCGUUCUGUUUAUGCAUAUUAUGGUGAUGACUUUGUAAAGCCCCAUAAUUGCUGCGAGUCUUGCCAGGAGGACACAAGAGUAAGGGAUGAGGGGAUAGUCGAGCAGCAUCUCAAGAAGGUGGCACAUCGGAAGGCAUUGGGAAAAACAAAACUUCCAUCAGCACCCAGAGGGGUGAAGAACUUCACCGAACUCACCAAGGAUCUCAAAUCACAGGUGCUUGAUCAACUCACAAAGUGGCACCAAGAUGCAUGGUAUGCACACAUGGAUCUGCAACAAAUGAACUUGCCCCCCGGAAGGAUAAUUGGUGAUGGGGAUUUGAGGAAACUUAGCAAUCACCUCCAUAUUUUGACAUCGCAAAUCAAGUUUAUGAACUUCCUUCAAACCCUUCCUACAGAACUCAAUGUUGAGAUGGAAGCAGCAGCAGAGAAGGUGAAGAGGAAGAAGGGGAAGGAAUCAAGGCCCAGACAGGCAGCGAGGGUGCAAGCAGAUGUAGAACUGGGUGACAGGGGUGAAGGCAGCAGUGGAGUUCCAGUUGGAAUACCAUCAGAGAACAUGGAAACACUGCUAUCACGGAACCAGGUUCUAUCAGCUGCUGAGGUAAUGACAGGCCCACGUAAAUGGAAACUUACUGAGCGUGUGCAACUCAUGUUGGAAGAAGGGAAUUUAGAUUAA